AUGAACCAACUAGAUAACCCGACCACAACCAUCUACGCGGCUUGUUUCGGCCAGGUUCACAAAGAGCAUUUCUCUCCUCAGUUGCCAAUGGCGGUUUCAGCGUCGUCUUCUGAGGUGCGGCAGGCCCUGGAGCGUGGCCGGGACGGUCAUACCGAUAAGGCAACGAAUGAUACCCUGGAGGCAGCCAUUGCAAGCUUAUGGGACAAGAUAAACACGCAGAAGGAUUAUGUACUCGAUCGCGACGAGUUUGCCCUAUUCAACUACUUCAUAUAUCGGUACAAGGGCAACAACGUCGCACAACGGACCGUCGCACGGUUCUGGGAUCAUUAUAAGGGCGACCCAAACGCGGCAGAAAGCAAGACAUAA